AUGAGCCAGCUCAAGGACCACCUGAACCUGGCUCGGCUAUAUCUCCAGGAGCGCUACCUCCUGUGGAGGCUGCGCUACCUCCUCGGGCCGGACUUCAGCGCAGAGGAAUUCCUGGAGGGAACGUGUCAGGCAACCCUUGCGAUGCUGGAGGCAGUGCGUCGCAUAGACUGGAAGCGCAUUCGAAGCUUCUGCACGGAGGAAUUCUCCCUGACCAUGUACGGAAUCGCCCAGAGGGAAAGUGUGUACGCCAACCUGUUGGGACCAAAGGGUUUGGAGCUAUCGAAACCCGUACAUUUGAAGACGAAAGAAUGCGACGAUGGCAAAAGCUUCUUGCACGUGGACCUGGAGAUUGUGUUGCUGCGCUGUUUGGCGCCUAAGCCCGAUGAGCUGGUGGAGACUGGGCUCCAAGUGCCUGACCACCAAAAGAUUCCCGUAGCCUCUUAUAAGAUCGCAUUGCGCAGGGAGCUGUCCGGUCCAGACGGCACUGAUCCUGAAGACGAGGAUUGGUUCUUUAGUUCCUUCCAAAUGCAAUACAUGUCUUUGCUGGGCUUCUGCCCCAAAAGUGGCACAUGA